AUGUACUUUUUUCUUGUUGUCUCAAGUACUAUCACCAUUCUUGGUAAUUUAGGUAUCAUCAUUUCCAUCAGUCAUUUUAAGGAACUUCAUUCUCCAACUAAUUUUCUCAUUCUAUCAAUGGCUGCCACAGAUUUCUCACUUGGCCUUUUAAUAAUGCCUUAUAGUAUGGUACGAUCUGUGGAGAGAUGCUGGCUUUUUGGAAAACUGUUUUGCAAAGUUCAUUAUAGUUUUGAUUUAAUGUUGAGUGUAAUUUCUAUUUUCCAUCUCUGUUGUAUUGCCAUCGAUAGGUUUUAUGCCGUCUGUGAUCCUCUCCGUUACCCUAUUAAAAUUACAAUCUCUGUCAUAAAGAAAAUGAUAUUCAUCUGCUGGUCUAUACCAGCUGUAUUUGCGUUCGGAGUUGUGAUAACAAACUCUCAUGUAUCUGGAAUUGCUGAAUAUGAGAUGCUAGUGGAAUGCUUUAAUUUAUGUCCAAUUACUUUCAACAAAUUGUGGUCAUUGGUUAUGUUUUUCUUUUGUUUUUUUGCCCCUGGUUCAGUUAUGGUUUGCAUUUAUGUUAAGAUAUUUAUAGUAUCUCAAAGGCAUGCAAAAAUAGUGAAACGUACAUCUGAAAACAUGACAGAAAUCUCAACUCAAAUUUCCAAGCAGAAAGACCGAAAGGCUGCAAAAACUUUGGGUAUUGUAAUGGGGGUCUUUAUCGCAUGUUGGCUACCUGUCUUUAUUACUAUUUUAGUAGACCCAUUUCUCAACUUUUCUACCCCUGAAGUGCUGUUUGAUGCCCUCAACUGGCUUGGAUAUAUUAAUUCCACAUGUAAUCCAUUAAUAUAUGGAUUCUUCUAUCCAUGGUUUCGAAAAGCAUUAAGAUAUAUUGUUUUUGGUAAAAUAUUUGAAACUGAUUCUUGUUUAGCAAAAUUAUGUUAA